AUGUCAAUCUUCACGAAGAGGCCAGCGCGAGUUCUUAUUGUGGGGUCGGGAGCCUCUGGCAUUGCAGCUGCAUACGCUCUGGGGAAAUGUCCCGACAGAUUUGAUGUUCAUGUUUGGGAAAAGUCAGCGCUACCUGGAGGGGUAGCAUCCUCCGUUCGGAUUGAAGGUCCUGGCAACUUGUUCAUCAAUGAUGGAGUCCAAGGGGGUACCCGUUCGUACAGAAACGUCCUGAACCUCAUGACAGAGUUCGGCUUCGUCGGAUCUCCAGUCUAUUUGAAGAUCUCCUUUGGGAAAGGUCCCACCGCCUGGAGCAAUUACAAGAAAACUCAGCUCACUGACACACAUAAAGAUGAAAUCAAGAAGUUUGACAGAACACUUCGCAUAAUUAAUAAAUUUGAAUGCGUUUUUGUGUUUGUUCCUAUCUCUAAAGUGAUGCAAUGGUUUGGACAUUCUGAUGAAUUCUGUAACCAGAUGGUUCUGCCUCUUGUGGCUUUGUUCUUUGCUACGGGGAAUCAAACUCCCAACGUUUCAUCUGCGGUUAUCGCUAGAGUAUUUCUGGAUGACAAGCUGCGGAUGUUCGACUACGAUCCUGAGCGAUUGCUAAGUCAGAUGCCUGAAAUGUUUAUCUUUCCAAAUCUUUGCGAAAUGUACCAAACAAUUGUAAAGAAAAUUGCUUGCACAUUCCACGGUGAAAGGACUGUAGAGUUUGUGAAUCGAGAACAGGGAAAGGUUUUUGUUACUGAUGAUAAAGGUUGUCAAGAAGAGUUUGAUGAGAUAAUUUUUUCUUGCACAGCAGAAACUGUUUUGGCAGUUUUGAGAAACCCCACGUUUAUGGAACGAAAGGUUCUCGGAAAUAUUGAAUACUAUAACGAUGUAACGAUAACCCAUGAAGACGAAGAAUACAUGGCAAAACAUUACGAACUAAACACAAAUGUUGAUCAGUACUUCAUCAGGUCUGACCCCGAUGAUCCGACAAAACUGGAGAUGUCUUUCAAUCUGUCAAACUAUCAGCCGCAGUUGAAGGGAUGUGGGCGGAAUAUUUAUCAGACGAUCUUUCUCAACGACGCCGCGAAAAGCGCUUGGACGAUCAAUGAAAUUAACACAAAUAAAAUUAGAUUGGAAAAAUGGUGGAGAAAAUUCUCUCAUUCGUGGCGGCAUUUUGCGUUUACAGUUCCGUUUAUGAGAUAUAUUCAAGGGACAAAGCAUACGUGGUACUGUGGGACAUACACUUUGAUAGGAACGCACGAAGUUGCUGUCAUUUCUGGACUAACAGCCGCCUAUCGCCUUGGCGCCAAAUAUCCAUUUCCCCAGGACGAUCUUGCCAAAAUGCAGUUUGAGGACCACCUUCUUCUGUGUCAUGGCAAAACGGCAAGGUUUGGCUGUAACAAAGACACUGUGGUCUCUAUCUGCAUGGCUCCAUUGAUGAGAAUAUUUCUGGUUACAGCUCUGUGUUUGCAAUUUUUCGUUAGAUGUUUCAGAAAAGAUUAA